AUGUCCGACCCCGUUGCCGACAAAUCUGGUUUCCUAUGCAUGUACAUGUCUUCCCACCCGGACACCCUCGUCUCCUACGCCAAACACUUCGGGCACAUCUCAGAAUCUCUCCUCUCCGCCAAGAUGGAGUCUAUCGACUCCAAAGCAAUGAACCUAUCCUACGUGACAAAGAAAGAUGGACCGAAUUAUAAAGGAGAAAAAAAGGUGGUGAGGGUGGUAUUUGAUCCACCGUUGAGUGGGUACGAGGAAGUUAAGCCGAGGUUGUUGGGGAUGAAGGCGGACGCAGACGAGGCGCUAGGGACGUCCAAAGUCCCACACAUCACAUCCUUCGUUCUCCCCACCAAAGCCAUCCAAACAGCCCUUCUCCUCGGUUUCCUCGCCUAUACCACAUGGGCCCCGUCCACCUCUUCGUCCAAUUCACCCUAUUGGAUCCCGGCCAACUUCAUCCGCAGCUACGUAGGACCGACGGCGCUGAAAUGGAUCUGGGGCUUUACGCUCGUCGCGCAUGGGCUCGAGGGCGCGUUCGCGUUCACGUUGGCUAGGAAACACCAGAUGCCUUUGGGAGUUGCGAUAUCAUACAUCUCCGCCGUCACCCUCUUCGGAUUCCCAGUCCUGCUGGACCUUCGCAGCAGGAUACAGACUGCCCGUAUCGACUCCAUCAUGAAGGGCAACUAAGCGUGGUCGAAACAAUAUACUGUGCUUGGAUCUGUCAUCACCUCUCUAUCUAUCUUCCGAUCGCGCUCAUGUACUUUGUAUAUCUAUUCGCGGUGCUGGUUUGAACUUUCGAAUUUACUAUGUCUUUGGAUCUGGAAUGCUCAUGCGGAUACGUUCGUGGACUUGGUACCUCACGUACGGCUCACGUACUGCGAAUGGUGGAGGUGAGUGCUUACGAUGGUGAAGGUAUGAUUCAUGUAUCUCGUUCGUGUGAAUCCCAUAUUU